GUUUUUCCACCUGCGCCACCAAGUCAGUUCGGCUCCGAUUGUUCGUUUUCCAGUUGAAAAUAAAUUGGGGCGCUUCUCCAGUCGAUAUCUUUAAUUGCUCCCGGGUUCUAUCAAUACCUACCGGUUCUCGCGCUCCAUCACGAGCCACUGGGAACGGGUUGCCGGGGAAACGGCCGCAUGGCAACAGGAUCAGAGCCUGGGGGUUGUCUGCUUCUAGGUCUGCUCCCAUUUUACAUCGCGUUUCCUCACUAGAUAGUGCGCGAGCCACUGGAGAGCACACGUCCCUCUCCCAGCCGCUGCCAAGCCGACCUGGGAAACUAUACAGCGGCGCCCUUUCUUCUGUCAAAAAAGGCGGUAAAAGUGUGGAAGUAAAUCGCGUCUUUUUGGAGGUGCUUGUCUUCGCCGCUAACCAUCGAGUUUUGCUGCGAGAAGUCUUGAGGAAAGCGGGGACGAGAGCCGGCAGUGAUGGACAUAAUGGUUGCGGUGCAGGAUGCGUGUGUUUCUGGUCAGUGGCUAACUGCGAUUAUACUCAGCUUGUGCUGCUUCCUGCCCUCCUGUUUGCCCGCCGGACAAACUGUGGACUACUCCUCGGUGGAGAGCGUGGUGAGCCGGCAAGGGGACACGGCUCUGCUGAGGUGCUACCUGUUGGACGGGACCUCAAAAGGAGCCUGGCUGAACCGCUCCAGCAUCAUAUUUGCAGGGAAUGACAAGUGGUCCGGGGACCCUCGCGUGUCUAUUGUGUCCACUGUUGAACACGAGUACAGUCUUCAAAUACAGAAGGUGGAUAUAACCGACGAUGGCCAGUACACAUGUUCAAUACAGAGUGAGCGCAGUCCACGACCGAAGCUGCUCAACCUCAUUGUGAACGUUCCUCCCAAGAUAUAUGACAUUUCUUCUGACAUCACGGUAAAUGAGGGCAGCAACGUGUCGCUCAUCUGCACGGCCAGUGGGAAACCUGAGCCUGCUAUUUCCUGGAGACACAUAACUCCAUUAGCUCGGAAGCACGACAGCGGGGAAUAUCUAAACAUCACCGGAAUCACCAGGGACCAGGCGGGAAACUACGAAUGCAUCGCCCAAAAUGACAUCUCUUCUCCCGACACCAAGACAGUUAAAGUCACAGUCAACUUCGCUCCAGCUAUCCACGAGAUGAAGAGCCAUUCCAUCGGUCUGGGACGUACCGCUAUGCUCAGGUGUGAAGCUGCUGCUGUGCCAUCUCCAACGUUCGAGUGGUUCAAGGGAGAAAAACGGAUUAUCAAGGGGCAGGGCAUCGACAUCAAGAACCUCAGUUCCAGAUCAGUUCUUACAGUGAACAACAUGACAGAGGACCGUUAUGGGAACUACACAUGCGUCGCCACCAACAAGCUAGGGACGGCUUACGCCAGCGUGCCUCUCAUUCCAAUUAUUGAACCCACCACCACUAGUGCUGUCUCAAGCCCAGCGCCCAACACUGCACCCUAUGGGAGCACAGGAAGUGCGUACGUCCCGCUGGCCUGCCGGUACCUGGUCCUGGCCCUCUCCUCCUUCAUGAGCGUCUACUAGCAGAGGCCUGGUGUGACACAAAGACUGUCGAGAGCAUUUACAGAUCCUCUGAGGCAUGGCUGGAAUCCAAUCUGGAGCAGUUUGUUGACAAGCAAACGUGGGAAAUAAUCAGAAUUAUUUGUGGGGAAUUUUUCUUUUAUUGUGAAAUUUCUGUCAUGUAAAUACUGAGUUUUUUUUUGUUUAUUUUUAAUUAUGAUUCAUGUUUUACCUCUGUUUUCCUCAUCCCCGCAAAGCUCCCUUAACCCCCUCCCUCCACCAAUCAUAUCCCUCAAAGUGAGUUGUCUCUGGGACGUGUCUGGAUACGACAUCUUUUCUAAACAGCUGAACGAAAACUAUUGUGCCAAGUCUCUCAGUCCACUGAAUCACCACACCAACGUUCCGUUGAAUGUAUUAUGGGAUGUAGACGAAAGGAAAGUGCUCAUGAUUCCGGUGAAAAGAAAGAAGUUCUGAACCAGUAUUUAUCGUCCUUUCUCAGUAGGUGGAGAAACAUGUUGAAGGUCUGCUACGUGUUACGCUUGAGGUGGGUUCCUCGGCUUCUGCGCCUGCCUAACUGCGUCGAUGAGGCGGCCUUCAUGGUAGCGAAUUAUAAUGUAUUCCAUCUUUAUAUUUUUACCAUAGAAUUGUUUGUUGUGAUGCGGGACCAGAGUGUUAAAGUAUUUCACGGGGUUGUGCGGAAUGAACCCGGCGUUGCUGUCUUUCGUUCUACAGUCGAGUUUAUGAAUGUCACAGCUGUUAGCGUCGAGAACAAAGAGCCCAAUUUACAUAUUUUGUCUCAAAUAAUCGCAGCACACUGGCAUGAUACUUGAACGGGGCAAGACAUGCAGUUCUCUUUCUCUUUUGCGUCGUUUACAUUCUGCGUGUUGAUGACUACAUCACUGCACAAAUUCAAUCCAUGUUCCAUCUUAAUUAGUUUUGUGUGUGUCUGUGUGUGUGUGUGUGUGUGUUUCAUUCACACGUGGCAACAACAAAAAGAAAGGCCUCAGUUAGUCGAAUGAAACUGUCAAGUUAAAUAACGCACAAUGGCUCGAUUACAAAACAUCACUGAACCCUUGAAUCAAAAUGAUAUAGAUUUGCUCAUGAAUGUUUCUUAAAUAUGUACAAUUGGCAUCCCAUACAGAGACGUAUCAUAUACUGUAUAGCUCCAUUUAACUCUCUAAGGUAUUUCUUUAAAGAUAUCUUGUUGUAUACGCUGACGUUUUAUAAGAAAUGCUGGAGUUUUGAGUCACAUUUUGAACUAACCUCUGCCUCUAGUUCGGCUCCUGUCUUCUCAGGAUUAAGGUUAAAGCUUCGUGUUGUUGAAGCUCAACACCAACACGUCUUGAAAACCACAAACCUCCAACUAGAUUGGCCCUAUUUUAUUUUUUGUUUGGCACUGUUGAAUUCAAACAGCUUCAUAGCAUCGCGACAGGAGCAGAAUCUCCCUGGCUACGCUAACAAAGAUGAUUGUUUUGACUUGCAAAGUAGUCAUCGUGUACUUGAAAUGGCGGUACAUAUGUCCCUGUAGUCUCUUAAAAACUGACGUUGUAGUUCCGAGCACUGAUACGAUACAUACACGAUAACUGUUGAGAGUGCAGCGCCACUACUAAGUGCAAGAGAUGCUACCACUCAGUACUAACCUUUUGAAGCGGCUGCAAUUAUAGUCGACAUCUUUAGCCAAAAGCUCUUUUCCAUCUGUGCCAUCGCUUUUCAUUCCGGACCCGUGAAUUCACUCGGGUGAUUUGUGCCGUGAAAGUGGAGUGUUCUCGGCUGGCGACUCGACGUGACUGGUGGCAGGCAGCAUGUGUAGCAUCAGCACCCACACGGCUCGUGGAUGCGCAGUUCAACAAGUGUAUUGCUUUUAUGUUAAUCCAACUCACACCCGUGUCACUGUCCGCUCGGCAACAUGGCGUACUUCAUAUCCAUCCAGUAUCGUUGAUGUAAACAGAGAUACUGUAUUGCCUUAAAAGUACCAUGGACCAUGAGAUCGACCUCCUUCUCCCACAAAAUAUGACUGAUAACAGAAUGUUUUAACAUGGAGUCCUGACUCGGGUCAGGUCUUUUUCAACGCUGUUAUCCGAUUUAUUUUAGACCCCACGACUGCGAGAGGAACUAAAUUUGAGAAAUAGCCAUCACAGCUCAAAAGACUUAAAGCACAAACACUGUUUCAUGUUCUGUGGUGAUUUGUUUUCAAAAGUCUGCCAAUGGUUUCCUGAAUAUUUAUCAGCUUGUUUGACAGUUUAUGAAAAUACUGCACCAUAUUGUUUCAAUGUUGCGAUACAAUGGAAUAUGGGUCAAAACUAUAUUUAUUCCUUUUUGAAAAAGAUGUAUAGAAAAAUACAUUUGAAGACAUGUAACGUGACAUUUAUUUGAGCGCAGGCUGGCAGAGUUUCUAAUGUCGUCAGGUUCUUUUAGAUGCCAGAGUUGUUUUCCUUUACUUUGUCUGCCAGGUACAUGAAAAAGACAAAUGUUUGCAAUCAAAUGACCUUCUUUUUGAAGCCAAGAGGGUGUGAAACCAAUAUAUCAGUAUAAUAGAACAGAAUCAAUGUGUGUAUAUGUGAAGAAAAUAGGAUACUUUUGAACUUUAGAGCCAGUGUCUUGUCCUAGUUUUCACUCACUGGCGUGUUUGACGAUGUGCAGAGAGUUUGGUUGUGCUGCAUGUCAAAGUUACCCCUGUGUUUUUGAGGUGGACAUUUUGACACACGCUCAUUCUUUACUACCGAUGGAACCAGUUUUUACCAGCUCUUUUGGUUCUGGAUCUGAUCUUGAGAAAAAAAAAUACAUACAUAUAUAUAUAUAUAUAUAUCUAUAUACAUACCACCUAUUAUUUGUGUUUCAUUUGAAUUUAUUGCUAAACAAAAACAACUGCUGUUCAUUAUAGUUAUCGUGGCACAUUGGUGACAGUCGGUUAUGUUGUUCUUUUCUUUCGUUCUGCGGUUUCGACCUGCUAGUAUUCCAUAUAAAAUGUGCUGGAUGUUGAAUAUUUUUGAAAAUGGUAUUAACGAGUCCCUUUUAUCAAAUUAUUAUUAUUUGCAAUAAAAGUCUUCAUGUUACAAUAUUUAAACUCACACUGAGUCAUUUUACAUUGUGUUGUUAGCGUCCAUUGAUGGUAUUCCCUCUCUCUCUUUUUUCAUGUGGAAGUGCUCCGUAAACACAAUUCCGGACAAGUUCUUUGUCACCAAUGGAGAAGGUGUCGCUUAUUGAGUGUGAGGGUGCCAAAGAUUUUGAGUGUGUCUCGUGGAUCCCACUGGACCAGUGCUUCUCAAUUAUUUUCUAUUGCGCCCCCGCAGGAAGAAGUUCACGUUUCGCGCCCCCAACUCUCCGCCACCUCUGUAAAUAGUAUCAUUUGU